GGUUGGAACUUGCGUGUGUGUAAAUUGGACAUACAAUACAUAUACAAAACAUGUUUUCUCAUUUCCCCUCUUCAGUUUCUCACUCUCUUUCCACCACCACCGCCUUGUCUCUCUCCCACCAUCUUCGUCCUCUCUCUCUACCUCCAUCUCUCUCUAAACCUCUUUUUCGUAUUUUUCAUAUCACCCCAUCAACUUUCUUGAAAAACUCAUCUCUCAAUUCCUCCAAAAUGGACAACCCUGAAGUGGCUAUUCAAUCUGUAGCUGAUGAUUUCAAUAAGCAAAGCUUGGGUGAAGCUAAGUUAAAGCUUGAAGAUCUCAAUUGGGACCAUUCGUUUGUUCGUGAGCUGCCUGGUGAUCCAAGAACUGAUAUAAUUCCCCGUGAGGUCCUGCAUGCUUGUUAUACAAAAGUCUCGCCGUCAGUUGAGGUGGAGAACCCACAACUUGUCGCCUGGUCAGAAUCAGUGGCUGAUUUACUCGAUUUGGAUCCUGGGGAAUUUGAAAGACCUGAUAUUGCGCACAAAUUCUCUGGGGCAUCUCCGUUGGCAGGAGGGAUGCCCUAUGCUCAAUGCUAUGGAGGGCAUCAGUUUGGGAUGUGGGCUGGUCAGUUGGGUGAUGGUCGUGCAAUAACUCUUGGGGAGGUUUUAAAUUCAAAGUCUGAAAGGUGGGAAUUGCAACUCAAGGGUGCUGGAAAAACACCAUACAGUCGGUUUGCUGAUGGUCUUGCAGUUCUGCGUAGUAGCAUCCGUGAAUUCCUAUGCAGCGAAGCAAUGAAGAGUUUGGGAAUCCCAACAACACGUGCACUUUGUCUUGUGACAACAGGGAAAAAUGUUAGCCGUGACAUGUUCUACGACGGCAAUCCAAAGGAUGAACCUGGUGCAGUAGUUUGUAGAGUUGCUCAGUCCUUUUUGCGUUUUGGUUCUUUCCAACUACAUGCAUCUAGAGGAAAGGAGGACCUAGAUAUUGUGCGUACUUUGGCAGACUACACCAUUAGACAUCACUUUCCUCAUAUAGAGAACAUGAGUAAAAGUGAGAGUCUAUCGUUCAGUACAGGGGAGGAAGAUAAUGCAGUCGUAGAUCUGACUUCAAACAAGUAUGCAGCUUGGACAGUGGAAGUUGCUGAACGAACCGCUUCUUUGGUUGCAAGCUGGCAGGGUGUUGGGUUCACCCAUGGAGUUCUGAACACUGAUAAUAUGAGCGUGUUGGGUCUCACAAUUGAUUAUGGUCCUUUCGGUUUUCUGGAUGCUUUUGAUCCCAGUUACACUCCAAAUACUACAGAUCUUCCGGGCAGAAGGUACUGUUUUGCUAAUCAACCUGAUAUUGGAUUAUGGAAUAUUGCCCAGUUUGCAUCAACAAUAUCAGCUGCCAAAUUGAUCAAUGACAAAGAAGCAAAUUAUGCAAUGGAAAGAUACGGAACCAAAUUUAUGGAUGAAUACCAGGCCAUCAUGACCAAGAAACUAGGCCUGCCCAAGUACAAUAAACAGUUGAUCAGCAAACUCCUAAAUAAUAUGGCUGUUGACAAAGUUGAUUACACAAAUUUCUUUCGUAUACUUUCAAAUAUCAAAGCUGAUGUUAACAUUCCAGAGGAGGACUUGUUGGUUCCUCUGAAGGCUGUUCUGUUGGAUAUUGGCAAGGAGAGGAAGGAGGCUUGGACUAGCUGGGUGCAAACUUACAUACAAGAGCUUGUUGAAAGUGGUAUAUCAGACGAGGAGAGAAAAACUUCAAUGAAUUCUAUAAACCCCAAGUAUGUCCUAAGGAACUAUCUGUGUCAAAGUGCUAUUGAUGUAGCUGAGUCGGGUGAUUUUGGAGAAGUUCGAAGGCUGCUCAAGGUUAUGGAAAAGCCGUUUGAUGAGCAACCAGGAAUGGAAAAAUAUGCUCGCCUCCCUCCAGCUUGGGCAUACCGCCCAGGUGUAUGCAUGCUCUCCUGUUCAUCAUAAGUCGGUCUUAAUACAUAUAUGGAAAUUUUGGAGAUUGCAAGUAUACUAGUUGUGUAUACUAGUGUGUAACUUUUGCCCCUGUUGCCUGCUCAUGGCCUUUUUUCUCGUGGUAUUCCUUUUCUGUUUCUUGUUCUUAAUGGUUAACAGGUGUACUUGAUAUUAUGUAAAUUUGAUAUUUCCUUUGUACAAGUUCUGUUUUGUUAUAGUCUUAUAGAUAGAAAUGCCAUAGUAGUAGCAAUCUUUUUCUGGGAUUUAUUGGAUUAUGAAUACACAUUAAUGGAUCUUAUUUCCUAA